AUUUAAUUUACUCUCACAAAAAAUAUUAACGUUUUUGGUUAAUUAGUUGUUGAACAUCAAAUUAAAUUGACGUUAGUCAACUCUUAUAUAUAGUCAACUUCGGAACAAGUAGAAUUUUUAUGUCGUGAUAACGUUAAUUCAAACCAAAUAGGGGCCAAUUACAAUUGAAACGUAAUAAGUAGAAUCCCGAGCAGGGAGUUCGCAACAACAAUGACGCAGUUCCUCCCCCCAAAUUUGUUGGCUCUAUUUGCAGCCAGAGAUCCAAUUCCGUAUCUCCCACCCCCCUGCAAAUUAAGCCAUGAAAAACAGCGAGUCGGCUUCACUGGAAUUGGGCAGUAUACCUACUUGUUUGAGGACCCGUCUGAAACACCGGCUGUAAAAAAGGGCGAAACACGAGAGGAACGGAGGGAACGUAGACGGAAGGAACGGGCUGAACAAGCAACGUACCGACUUGAACAGAACAUUGCAAUGUGGAACGCUCAAGAAAGUGCAACAACGGUUGAUGCUUACAAAACCCUAUUUGUUGGAAGAAUUAAUUUUGACACUUCCGAGUCUAAGCUGAGACGUGAGUUUGAAAGUUAUGGAACCGUAAAAAAGAUUGUGAUGGUAUUUAACAAGAAAACUGGGAAACCUCGGGGGUAUGCGUUUGUGGAGUACGAGCAUGAGAGGGAUAUGCAAUCUGCGUACAAACACGCGGAUGGAAAGAAGAUUGAUGGACGACGUGUCGUUGUCGAUAUUGAACGUGGACGCACUGUUCAGGGUUGGCUUCCACGUAGACUGGGUGGGGGAUUAGGGAAAACACGUUUAGGAGGACCGGAAGUCAAUGUGAAAAUUUCAGGCAGAGACGUUGAUAUAGAUAGAGAAAGAUUAUUUCGAGGAAGUGGAGAUGAUGAUCGAGGACGAGAUCGUGAUCGUGAUCGUGGAAGAGACAGGUCUAGAGAUUCAUCUCGACCUCGUCGUGAUCGCAAAGAUAAGGAUAAAGAUAAAGACAAGGAAAGACGUCGGAGUAGGGAAAAGGACAGAGGAGACCGUGAUAAGCAUAAAGACAAGGACAGAAAACGACGAAGGUCCAAAUCACGCUCUAGGUCUCGAGAUAAAAAAGAUCCAGAAGAAAAGGAGAAAAGACGGCGCUCGAAAUCUCCAAGAGAGAAAAAGAAGAAACGUAGCAAAUCCCGAGAUCGUGAUGAAAGAAAGAAAGACAAGAGGGAUCGAGAACAUAAGCGGGAUAAGCGAGAUAAGGAUAAGGAUCCUGACUUUGACCUUAAUCGUGUGAAGGUGAAAGAAGAGCCAUUGGAGGGUGAAGACUACCCCUAUGGCGAUGGAGAUUCUGCUUUUGAUGGGUACAUGAAACCUGAGAAGGAUGCAGAUGGCUUUGAAAAUAAUUAUCCUGCAUAUGACGACGCUUAUGCUGCAUACUGAAAACUAUAAUUUAUUGCAAUAUCUUAUUGGGUCGUGUGUACAGAAAUUUGAACAAGCAAAAUUGGAUUGUUGUAUAUUUCAAUACUAUUCAACUCUCUAUAUAUUUUCUGUUGGCCCAUUCCAUUAACUUUCUUCCGAUUACUCAUUCGAGUGUAAAUCAACAAUGUGAAUAGUAUAUAAACAGUCAGUAGUAGGUGGUUCUUAGCCACGAUUCCUCAUUAUUGUCUUGUUUUCAGAUUGUUAGUUUAGUUUGCCAAGUGCUUGCUUUGUCCUCGUGUACAUGGAUAAACUUACUUGUGUAGAAUAAUUACUGUCAGUUUGGAUGGUCACUAUACGAAAAUUCCUCUUAACGUAUACUGAUUUUAGGAAGAAUUUCGAUCGGUGUAUACAUAUAUCCUCAACAAUCUUUCCGUUUCAAGAGCUGCGUAGGUUUUGUUUCAUAAUAAUGUGAAGUAAAAAGGUCUACAGAGGACAGUUGGUAAAACAAUUCUUUAUUGAACUGAUAACUAUUAAUUGAGGUCAAUGUUCAAUUGGUAAGUAGAAGAAAUAGUUUCAAACGAAUUAACUAUAAUGGGAUUGUUAAUUUGUACAACAGGUCUAGGUAUACAUUAUUAUCAAUCCAACUCAAUCUUCUAUGAUUAUAAUUAUUGGUAUUAGUAGUAUUUGGUAAAACAGGUAAGAGUAUUUAGGUUGUCGUGACCGGUUGACUUUCGGAGUUAAUUUAUGUUACAAAAUUAUAUUUUAUUGUUGUACCUUUCAGUGGUGUUCUUCAACUCGCUGAUGUUUGUUUCUAAAAUAAAAAGUCAAAUCCAAA